GUCGGUAUCGAUGCUCCCUUUUGUCCUAGCGUCUUGACAAAUAGCCAGAUGGAAACUGAAAGAAGUGAUAGGCUGUUGCAAGAGAAGGCAAAAAAGCAACUCGCAAAGGAUUUGAAACCUAUAGAAAAGCUCAGAUAUCAAUGUCUUUCCCGCGGUGCAUCAGGAAUAGCUGGGAUUAGUAGACAGUUCCGUAUUAUCGAUGAUGACGGAAACAAAAAACUCGAUUUCAAGGAAUUUUCUAAGGGAUGUAGAGAUUUUGGUGUAGAUUUAACCAAAGAUGAAAUUAAGGAAAUAUUUGAUGAGAUAGACACUGACCAGAGUGGGUUUAUCGACUUUGACGAAUUUUUAGUAUCAUUAAGACCCCCUAUGAGUAAAUGCAGGGUUGAUGUACUGAACAAGGCUUUUCUGAAACUAGAUAAAACAAAAGAUGGUGUUAUAACUAUUGAAGAUUUGAAAGGUACUUACAAUGUGAAACACCAUCCAAAGUAUAUCAAUGGUGAAAAAACUGAGGAUGAAAUAUUAGUGGAAUUUUUGAAAACUUUCCAGCCUCAACAAAAUGCGGAUGAAGUAAUAACUAGAGUGGAAUUUUUAAAUUAUUACUCUGGUAUCAGCGCGUCUAUCGACAAUGAUGCAUACUUUGAUUUGAUUAUUCGAUGUACUUAUAGAUUGUAGCAGUGUUUAUUUUUUAGAAGAGAAGACAUAAAGUGAUCCUCACUUUUUUGUUGUUUUUGAUUCGAAAGAAACUCAUUAACUUCAUAAAUUUAUUUUGAUAUUCAGAUGAUAUGCAAAACUGUGGUUUGAACAAAAACUUUGGCGUUAAUUGUUUCAUAAUUUUGUUUGUUUUUGUGCGUUAUGUAUUUUUCUUUUUCUCUAUCUCACUCUUUUGACUUAAGAGUCAUACCCAAAUUACUAAAGAUUUCGAACUACUCACACGUUUGUUUAUAGUUUUUCGAGGAUAACCUUCAUCAUGUCUUUUUCCCAUCUCUGUCACUCCACUGAGUGAGUUUAAUACAUUGUCUUUAUCUUCUGAAAAGACAGACCUCCAACAAUUCUUCACACCACCGUAUUUCACUUCAUAAUCAACAUUAUGACUUUUUGUAACAUCUGUCCCUCUGAAAAGUGAAAAUACAGCCGCCGAAUACGCACA